AACUGCAUCAUUGUACAUUAUAGGUGGGAGAGAGCUCCGGGGCUGUUCUAUACAAAGCAGAAAAGACACUUUGAAAUCCAAUUUUGGGGCGAAAUUCAUGAUGAAAUUGUAAAAUAGAAUUGUUGGACGGCAGCUCCCGUCUUAAAGCAUCAGACCAUUAUCCAAAAUCCAAUACAAUCUAGUACCAACUACAAACUAUAAGACAAAAUUUGAUUCUUUUCUGUUCUUUACACUAGUUUAAUGGGACCAACAGGACUGCUUUUGUCUCAUAUUUCAUCUAUUUUCUGCUACUAUAAAACUUCCUCUUACACCUUAAGUUCAAUACCCAUCUCCGAUUCCUUUGUAAAGUUUCAAUCGUUUGCGCUAUGGCUGCAUCCAACUCUUCUUUUGAUCAAACAUCAGCAGCUAUAGCAACAGAGACUGCGAAUAUGGAAGAUUUCAAAGUUCAUGUGUUCUCGUCCUCUGACGAGUUACUUGAAAAGUUGCACGAGAAAUGGAAUUCAGUGAAGCAGCAACCUUAUCCGGUAAUGUAUUCUAGCAUAUUUGGCGGAAUCAUUCUUGAUCCAGCAAUGAUGGUUAUUCCAAUUGAUGAUCACAUGGUUCAUCGAGGUCAUGGUGUCUUUGACACCGCUAUUAUUUUGGAUGGUUAUUUGUACGAAUUGGAUGUCCAUCUUAACCGCUUCCUUAGAUCAGCAUCCAAAGCCAGAGUCGCGUCUCCAUUUACAUUUUCAGAACUUAAAAGGAUUCUAAUUCAACUUGCUGCAGCAUCAAAGAUGAGGAAAGGCACUCUGAGAUAUUGGUUGAGCGCAGGGCCUGGGGACUUCUUACUCUCCCCAGCUGGAUGCCCAACAUCUGCAUUCUACGCUGUGGUGAUUGACGAGGAUUUCUCACAAUGCAAAGAAGGGGUAAAAGUGAUAACUUCUGCAAUCCCCAUGAAAUCACCUCUUUUUGCCACUAUGAAAAAUGUGAACUACUUGCCGAAUGUCCUCUCCAAAAUGGAAGCCGAGGAUAAGGGAGCAUUCGCUUCUAUUUGGGUUGACGAAGAAGGUUAUAUCGCUGAGGGUCCAAAUGUGAAUGUUGCUUUCAUAACUUCUGAGGAGGAGCUGAUUUUGCCUAGCUUUGAUAAGAUCUUAAGUGGCUGUACUGCUAUGAGGCUUCUUCAACUUGCACCCAAGUUGAUUGAGCAGGGACGUUUGAAAAGCGUCAAAACUACUGACAUUAUGGUUGAAGAUGCCAAAAAGGCUGCUGAAAUGAUGUAUGUUGGAAGCACACUUCCUUUAUUACCUAUCAUUAUGUGGGAUGAGAAACCUAUUGGAAAUGGGGAAGUUGGAGAAUUGACAAUGGCACUCUCGGAUUUACUUUGGGAAGAUAUGGCAGCUGGCCCAGAAACACAGAGAAUUCCAGUUCCAUAUGCGUAGGAACUCAAUCUCAAAUCGAAGAAUAUGCUCUGAUAGGAUGCUCUGAAAUCAAUGUCAUUCUAUUUUCUAAGUAGUGGGUGGUUGCUCCUUGGUUCUGUGGCACAGAAGUAUGACUUAAGCUUUACUUUGUGUGGAGAUUCUCCAGCAUUGCACAAUGUUUUUCAAGUAUUGACUGUCAGAAGUGAGUCAACCAAAUAGUCUUGCAAUGUAUUGGUACAUGAACUUUUCUGUUUUGUGUUUGGAAUAGAAUGCUUGAAAGAAUGCAGAAUAUUGAUCCAAUCAUUUUUGCC